AUGACAGACCUCCAAUGGUCCACCAACCUGCGCGACAGCGAAUAUGACUACUUGAUCGAAGACGACGCUGCCCAUGAGCCGAUCACCUCAACCUAUGCUCGCGAUGAAGUAGCUGAGAUUCGAAGUCUAGACAGCUCCUUUAUCGAAGAAGAUGAUGUUCACUUCGUGGAGACGCCCUUGUCAGACUUGAGUACAAUCGCACAGAGAUUGGCAGCCUCACGUCAACGGCAGAAGAGGAAGCAUGAUGUGGUACCGAGCAACUGCCGAGGCGAUGUUGCGAGCAAGAAGCAGCAUAUAUGCGGCUCUCAGCCUACCUCGGUCACCACGGAGCCCACCUCUCCCUCCAGCUCUACCACCUUUCCCGCUGCUUCUUCCUCCGGAAGCACCUUGCGUACAUCGCCACCGCAGUCUGACAGUCUCAGAGAUCUGCAGCCCUCCACGAGCACUGCAUACGAUCAGGUGGCCCACGCUGCCGCCUCGCUGACGCAGGCUCCCGCGCCCACACGAUCCUUUCCACCUUUGCGACCAGCUCGAGUUGGAUUGUCAAAGCCAGCGACCACGAGCCGAAAGACUGGGCAGCAGCAGCUGUGCUUCUCGCAGAUUCAGGGAAGCCAGCAAGUUCAGAGCCACGCCAAGUCUGUUCAGACCGAGUCGAAUAGUAUCGACUCCUAUUAUGAUGGCUUCUUCUGCUGGGGAGAUGAACUUGAGAUCUUUAGGGAUGCAGUCACUCCAGAAGACAGUACACGAGCACAUCUCCCAGCUGAAUCGAGCAGUCUAGAAGGCAAGAGACAACGUUCUCGGCACUUCGGCGGACUUGAGCAGUACACAGACGCAAGCUAUCUUGCAGAAGCCAGACCGGCCAUGAGUAAGCCGUCCACACCAAUAGUCAUACCCUCAAGCGAUUCCGAAGACGACGACAGCGACAUAUUUGCCUUCGACCCGAGGCGGGAGAGCCUCAGUACUGCUGCAAGCUCUAUAGCCCCAGGCGAUGUCAUCGGCCGAUCGCUUUUGCGAGAUACAUCAGCUGCGGUGACCUGCUUACCAGAGUCGAUCAUACAGUAUCAGCAGGCCGCGCCACAGACAUCCCCCAUCAAAUCUCGGCUUGUCCAGCGCGACCACGAUCCUGACGCCCAGACAAGAUCGUCUUCGCAGGUCAUUCGCUCGUUGCGAGCUCACCAGGAUCAAAGCCGAUGGUCUCCUCCUAUGCCGGCGACAACGGACUGCAACGCUCGUUACAACGCUACCAUAUCUUACGGAAGCUCAGAGAGCUCACCAGCAUCGCUGCGCUCACGUCUAUCAGCUGCAGGCCGUAGCUCUCUUUCGACCUACUCAUUUGACACAAGGUCUCAAGAGACUCGUCAAGCCGACCGAGCGCAUCGUCGCAGACUGGCGCCGCCUCUCACCCCGGCCGCUCAUAUCAGGUCUGCCACCCCAAGGCCGUCACACAACAGCGCCGUGUCACGCUUUGCGCCUCCAACUCAGCAGACUAGCUUUUCAUACCCAAAGGCUGCGUUGUCAGAUGUCACCUCCACUCCUUUCAGACGAUGGCAUGCCAAUGACUCUCCACUUUGGCAUCGGGGCUUGAGUCCCAUAAGCGGAGGUGGCGGAUCGCUCGUACCGCGAAGGAACGGCGUCAGUCGCGCAGCAAGAGAGGCAGUCGUGCGACGCUUCAACAUCGCAGCCCUGUCACCAGGAGCGCCUACGAUCCCCCUCUCUCGCGCAGGCGAAUGUUCAUUCGGACAGGCCCAGGGCUCCAGAAGUAGCGAGAACGGCUACGCUAUCCGAAAGCUGCCUCCGGAUGUCGAUGUGACCGUCCAGCAUGUGGGCGGAAGUGACGGUGUCAAGCGGAGGCUGACUCUUUUCAAACCGUCCGGCCGGACUCAGUGGUGA